UUUUUUGGGGGUGGGGGGUCUGUGAGAAUCCUAACUGCGUGGGCUGUUGGAUUAAGCCACUGCUGCAGCAUCAGAAGGGGUUUAAUCUACGAGAAGCAUCAGCAGAGGGAGACACUAUUUCCCAGGCUCUAUCUUACCCCGUUGUCAGUUCUUUUACUUGACUGUACAAGAACUGCUGGGCAUCAAGGACACAUACAAGAGAGGAUAGAAUAUCAAAGGAAGGAGGAAAACAGAGUUUCUUUGACUGGAGCAGAGAGAUAAAUAAAGCCUCAUAGUGCUUGCUGCAGACACCAGACACAGCCAUUAUGACCCAGGGCAAGCUUACAGUCGCAAACAAGGCUGCUGAAGCAGGAGAGAAGCAGUAUGGCACUUCAAGUGGAGAAGCAGGAGGGCCACCGGCCCCUCCCACCUAUGAGGAGGCCACUGGCGCAGGCGAGAAAGCAGGCAUCAGCGGCAGCCCCUGUUACAGUGGGGCUUAUCCUAGUGAUGGGGAGAUGCUCACAGAAUUCAGCUGGAGUGAUAAAAACAUCCGACGGAUCUUUAUCCGCAAGGUUUACGCCAUCUUGAUGAUUCAACUUCUUGUCACUCUUUCCAUUGUGGCUCUCUUCACAUUCUGUGAACCAGUGAAGAACUACAUUCAGUCCAACCCUGGAUGGUACUGGGCUUCCUAUGCUGUGUUCUUUGUCACAUAUAUUACACUCGUCUGCUGUCCUGGACCAAGGAGACAGUUUCCAUGGAAUCUGAUCCUGCUCGCCAUCUUUACCCUCUCUCUCUCCUAUAUGACAGGGAUGCUAUCCAGUUAUUACAACACCAAGUCAGUGGUGAUGUGUUUGGGUAUUACUGCUAUGGUCUGUCUUACUGUCACUCUCGUCAGCUUCCAAACUAAGUUUGAUGUGACAUCAUGCCAAGGUGUAUUGUUUACCUUCUGCAUGGUCAUGAUGGUGUCUGGACUGGUCCUGGCCAUUGCAUUGCCCUACGGAUAUGUGCCCUGGGUGCAUGGUGUCUAUGGUGCCUUGGGAGCGUUACUUUUUACCAUGUUUUUGGCGUUUGACACCCAGCUACUGAUGGGGAACAAGCGCUACACAAUAAGUCCAGAGGAAUACGUCUUUGCCACUCUCAACAUCUACCUCGACAUUAUCUACAUCUUCUCCUUCUUCCUGUCCCUGUUCGGAACAGAGAGGACAAACUGAAUCCACCUCCAGGCCAGCAUCUCAGCUUUUCCAUCCAAACACGGCCCGUAUUCAUAGUCUCAGAGUGGUAGUGCUGAUCUAGGAUCGGCUUUGCCAUUUAGAUCACGGUGAAGUGUCAUACACACAGGGGGGGAUAUGAUCCUAGGUCGACACUACUCGGAGACACGGUAUGAAUACAGGCUCUGAUCUCACCAGAUGUACUGUACACAACCUAUUGAUCCACCACUUCUUCCCACAGUCUCAGCUUAGUGUGAUUUUCCUUCCCCCUCUAGCAUGAUAUGGACCUAUACUACUUUAUUGUCUGCUUAGCUGUCAAUCUCCAGAAUGUACAGUACUUUUCACCUAUAGGGUCGGCGAUCUAUAGAAUUACAUUGCUAACGGUAGAUAGGUGUGAAAAACACAUGCAAAACACUGAGUCUGUCUAAAAGCUAGAACUGUAGGUGUUUUUGUCUUAUGCAGAUGUGAUGUCCUUGCUUUCUCCCGUCUUUUAACAACAACAGUCAUGAAUGACACUGCUCAACAGGACUAUUUAUCACCUCUUAUGAAGAGGAACUUAAAAGUAUCUGCCCUGAAAGGCAUGAAUAUCUGAAUAUCUUUCAGUGUAGCAACGUAGACAUCAUUGUGCUUAGUUCAUCAGUAGUGCACUAGGCUACAUCCAAUUCCAUCAGCGCAUAACACAUUGUGGUGACCCUCAGCUUUAGAGUAGAGCGAGAGAGAGUAAAGUAGUUCCUUUUUUUUGAUCCAAACUUGGGAAAUUGUUUUAUCACUCAGCAUCGUCAAUAAAU